AUGGCAUCUACACUUCGUUCUGCGAUCCGCUGUACGAAUGGAAGCAGGGCUUCGUUCACGACGUCGACACGGGUAUCUUCAGCCUCAAGACGAUGUCUAUCGUCCCGGGCCCUGUCACAACCAUGCAGAACUCCGAACCCGAACCCGAGGAAUGCAAUUAAACUUCAACCGAGCAACUUCAGCUUUCCAACAAGGCAGCUGUCCACUGUAGCAAGUGAUCCGAAAGCUGUUGCAUUGGAAAUUCCUGUCUUCCAGUUCAAGGAUAUCCUCCCUCAUGGAGAACUUCCUCCUACUAAAACCCUUAAAGUUAAUAUCGACGGCCAGCCUUUCGUUUUCGACAAUGUCUUCCUUCGCGAUGCUUGCACCUGUAGUACCUGCGUCGACCCUUCUACGCAGCAGAAGCUUUUCACCACCUCUGAUAUACCAACUGACAUCUACCCUCGUCGGGCGAGAGUAUCAGAUGGAAGACUCAAGAUCGAAUGGAGUCACCGGCUUACUAAAAGCGCCGUCCCAGAGAAUUUAAAGAGCGAUUACCACUGGAGUUUCUACAGUGGUGAAUUCUUGAAAAACUCUGCGACUCCGAUUGCAUCUGUCAAAUCCAACAUGUCGGAUUUUAGGAGGAUUUAUUGGGAUAAGAAAAUCAUGGAGAAGGAAGUUUUUUGGAUCGAGUAUGAGGAUUAUAUGAAGAAUGAAGUUGCACUUGCGAAAGCUCUGAGGCACCUGAGUUUCUACGGAUUGAUCUUUAUCAGAAACGUACCUGAUGGAAGAGAGGUCGAUCAAGUGCCUGGGCUCGCGGAGAGGAUUGGUAACCUGAAGAGGACGUUUUAUGGAGAUACAUGGACGGUCAAAUCGAUUCCAAAAUCAAAGAACAUUGCGUAUACGAGCUUGGACCUUGGCUUACAUAUGGAUCUACUAUACUUUGAAUCACCACCCGGGCUUCAAUUCCUACAUUGUGUAGAAAACACGGUUACUGGUGGCGAGUCGUACUUCGCAGAUGCGAUGCGUGCGGCAUUCAUGAUCCAAGCUACAUCUCCGACAGUUUUUGAUACACUCACUCGGUUCCCGGUGAACUUCCAUUAUCACAAUGAUGCGAAGCACUACAGAUUCUCUCGACCAAUCGUCGUAAUGAAGAACCCAAGCGAAAAUUAUCACCCCCAGCUUGGUAUUGACCACAUUAACUGGGCACCGCCAUUCCAAGCUCCGUUCACAAUGGAUAAUACUGGUGCGAUGGUAUCAAAGAGUACACAUUGGAGGAAAUUCUUGAAGGGAAUGGGACAAUUGAAUGAUCAGUUUGAAAACCCGGCGAAUCAGUAUGAGUAUCUGCUAAAGGAAGGAGAUUGUGUGGUGUUCUUUAAUAGGAGGGUUCUGCACGCUAGGAAGGGCUUUGAUGCGCAGAGUGGGAAGAGGAGAUUGACUGGUGGGUAUGUGGAUAUCGAUGCGUUUGAGAGUGCUUGCCGAGUGCUUGCCGAGAGGCACCCAGAAGAAGGCAGACAGGAUACUACUGGUUUCGAGUACCUUACGGAACAUGCGAAGGAUUUUGGUUAUACACAGUGGUCAUAA